GGGAAAAAAACAAAAAAGGAAUGAAGUGACUCCUCGAUCAUUCCAUUGAUAAAAAGCUCCCUUCCUUCCUUCCUUGCUUAGUCAUCCAACCCCACUCGCUUUCCGAUUCCCUCUACCUACCCCACCCGCCGCCGCUCGCCGGUAAAGUCCCCUCCGCCUCGCCGCCGCCGCCGCCUUGCUGAUUUCCGUUCUCCAAUUUGUCAUAAUCUUUCUUUUCCUUCUCUCCAUCAUGUUUGAUUUCGGCGACGAGCUGACGCUCCAGAGCUACAGGAUUCCAUGGCUAAUCUGGAUUCAGAUUCUGGUCCUCUUGCUCAUCGUCUUCCUCUUCUACUGCUUCAGCUUCUCCAUCACUUCCCCCGACGACGAGGCCUCCAUUUUAUCAUCCUCCGUCGCUGCCUCCGCCGAUUCGGCUUCCUCCAGCUACAGCAGAGAUUCCGACGAUACAAAGAAGAUCGCGAAGCACGGCGGCGGCGAUGAUUCGAAGACCGUCGCCGAUUACGUCCGCCACUGUCAGGUGACUAGGAGCCAGAGCAUAAAAGGAGAGCUAGCGAUGACGACGACGACCACAGGCAGAAGAAUAGUGAGUGAAGACACCGUAGAGGGGGAUGCUGUGACCAACUACCAUCCCUGCAACUACAUCCGGCUAGCUAAACUGGUAUUCCUCAAAUGCUUUGGCCUCGACUGCGAAUUCGAGAGGUCUUCGAGCUCCGAGAAGAAGAAGCGAAGAUGACAGCUUAGUUAGUUCGGUCUUGUUUGUAUGUAUGUAUGUAUGUUUGUUUUGAGGUAAAGCUCGGAGGCAAGGCUUGCGGAAGCGCGGGAAAGUUUCUAAUUCUUUUACUUGUGAAGGAUGCUCUGAUUAAUGUGCAAAUGUGUAAAUAUUUUGUCAAUUUGAGCCAAGAGGAUGCAAAGUGUAACCAUGUAAAUUUGGCAAUGUCAUGUGAGACUUGAAUUGUAGGCUCCUUGCUACAGAUGAGCAAGGACGAUUCUCAAUAGUUUUUACACAUACACCAGAAAUGAUG